AUGCAGGACGAGGACCUCGAUCAGCGUUGUUUAUUCAAUGGCUACCAGGGAAGCGCCGCUUGGACUUCAGCUGCUGGUAGCUUUGAGAAGAUGUUCCUUGCCCGCUUUGCUCUGAGGUCUACGAAGUUGAGCUUCAAGGUGCGGAUGGAAGGCACGGACUUUGCCGCCCUUCAGCAAGCCCUGCCUGAAGGACACCGUGGUGCCAACAAGGGACAUGACAAAGAGAAAGCAAGAAAGGUGUUGGAGAUCCGCGGAGGCGGCCCCGGGCAUAGCGCCGCCUCACUCAGGCUCUCGGAGUAUUCCGGUGGUGACAGGCAGAAGUGGAAGGUUGACGACAGUCGCAUCACCAGCAAGCUGGACUGCAUGCCGGGCGAUCAAGCCAUUCCGCUGAAGUUCUGCAUUGAUGUGGUGGGUGCACAGGAUGCGAACAGUGCAGCUGUGUGUGCCUACGCUUCUAACGGCGGUCGUAACCAGCAGUGGGAGCUGGAAGUCGUGGGCCAGGCCGGUCGCGCGCGCUUGGUGCGCAUUGUGUCCCAAAUGGAUGGCAGGCGGCUGCUGACCGUGGAGAAUGGGGAUGAAAUGCGCAAAGACAUGAUCUUGGAGAUCGAAUAUCUGGCACGCUGGUCCGGCGAAGCGGGAUUGGUGCAGCUACAGAAAGUGGUCUGGAACAACGGUGUGCCGCAGGCGAUCGUAGAAGAGCGACUGGGCAAGCAGCUGGGGCGAGGCACAGGAGACGCGGAGAAGGCUUGUAUUUUGCAAGAUAUCCGAUGCGGCCUCGUCCACUACACCCCUCAAAGGGCUGCGAGCAGCUUGCUACCUGUCGCCAACGUCCUUCGGCGAAUUCACAGCGACGGAUAUGUCUACAACGACAUGCACGACGGAAACAUUCUUCGACACAUGAACAACGACAGCUACAAGCUGAUCGAUCUCGGCAGCGUUACCCGAGCCGAUCACUGGCUGAACGAAAUUGGGAGCCUCUACGACUGUCGAUGGAGUCGCAAUCGUGACUGGCGUGCGUUUGCAUUGGCUUUCCUGGGAUUGAUUUUGAAUGGCAGGCAGUUGGACGUUUGGGUCCUUGUGGGCACGAACUCUUGCAUCAAAGCGAGCUCGGGACUGGAGUGCUCCUGGUCCUCACCUAGUGAUCAGGUGGCCUUCAUUCCGCAAGAUGUUGAGGAUUUGCUUGCCGAACAUCGGGGACUCUGGGCCGUGUCAGAGGAGCGAGGCAUCCGCCAGGUGCUUCUUGCACUAUUCGCACCGUGCAGCUUGCCUGAGCGAAGAUCUUGCUCUUUUCAGUUUGCGAGAGACUGCUCGACUAUGUUGUCAGAUUGUCAAAUGUUGUCAGCGGAGAAUACAUGGCAGUGA